GAAACCUCCCCUUUCUUGACCUGCAACUUCAUUCUUACUUUGUGAGCUUGACUCAGACUUUUUGCUAUUCUUGACCUGCAACUUCAUUCUUACUUUGUGAGCUUGACUCAGACUUUUUGCUAACUACCUUUCCUCAGCUUGUACUUCCAAAUCAACCAAUGACAUGACUUUUUUGAAUCAUUUGCUAAAAUGAUGUGUCCGUCGCAUUAGAUAAGACCGAGUAAUUAAUAAAGACAUGAUAUAUAGUAUAUGCUGAGAGGAGGAUGUAUUGAUCUAAAGAUUUAGACCAUUUCAUUGUGAGGUUAAAUUAUUAGUGUUUUUCCAGAGAUUAGUAUUAAAAGGGCAAAAAUAUGGCUUCAGCACCUUUAAACGAGGUUUGUCUAGCAGCUCUCACCCUUUCAAUUGUGUUUCUGACAAUUCUAUGGUACAAAUUGACCUCAAAUAUAUCACACAAGGAAGAAUCCAGGUUGCCACCAGGGCCUCGUGGCCUUCCAAUUGUGGGAUUCUUAACAUUCCUCCGCCCCAAUUUGCAUCACCAGCUCACAGAGUUGUCUCAGCAUUAUGGUCCAAUUUAUAAGCUGUGGCUAGGAAGUAAACUAUGUGUUGUGUUGAAUUCUCCAUCCUUAGCCAAAGAAGUGGUUCGUGAUCAAGACUCCGUUUUUGCCAACCGUGACCCUCCAAUUGCAGGACUAGUGGCCACAUAUGGUGGAAUAGAUAUUGGAUUUUCUCCCUAUGGCUCUUACUGGCGUGAUAUGCGCAAGCUGUUUGUGAGGGAGAUGCUAAGCAACAGGAACCUUGAGGCGUCGUAUAGCCUUCGGAGGCACGAGGUCAGAAAGACAAUCAGAAACGUGCAUACCAAGAUUGGGAACCUCAUAAACAUUUUUGAAUUGGCUUGUGUAACUAAAAUGAAUGUAGUCAUGAGUACGAUGUUCGACAGCAAUUUUGUGGAGAAACAUAGAAUAGAUGGAGCUGAGUUCAGGGAAUUGGUGGUAAAAUUUCUUCAAGUGAUGGGAAAGCCAAACAUAUCAGACUUCUUCCCUAUGCUUGCCAGGUUUGAUUUACAAGGAAUCCAGAAAGAGAUGGAGGCUGUUUUGAAGUCGGUUGACAGUAUAUUGGAUCCUGCCAUAAACGAACGCAUGAAGAUGCUUUCAGAGGGUGAAAUCUGGGGGAAGGGAAAGAAGGAUUUUUUGCAGAUCCUGUUAGAGCUAAUGGAGCAGAAAGACAUUGAGAUAUCAGUGGAUUUGGUGAAAAUAAAGGCCAUCUUGGUGGACAUUAUGAUUGGUGGGACUGACACUACAAUCACGACGAUCGAAUGGGUAAUGACGGAGCUUCUGAAUAACCCGGAGAUAAUGGGAAAGGUGCAACGGGAAUUGAAAGAUGUUGUAGGGAUGAAUAACAUUGUUGAAGAAUCCCACAUACCAAAUCUGCACUAUCUUGAUGCGGUUUUAAAGGAGACAUUACGUUUACACCCUGCAUUACCACUGCUUCUACCAAAGCGCCCGAGCCAAUCUGCAGUAGUAGGUGGAUACACAAUACCCAAGGGAACUAAAGUAUUCUUGAAUGUUUAUGCAAUUCAUAGGGAUCCUCAAGUGUGGGAGAGUCCGUUGGAAUUUCAGCCUGAAAGAUUCUUGAACUCCACGAAUUUAGACUAUGCUGGAAAUAAUAUGAAGUACCUUCCAUUUGGAUCAGGGAGGAGAGUGUGUGCUGGCCUUCCCUUAGCAGAGAAAAUUCUUAUGUUAAUAUUGGCUUCAUUGCUGCAUUCCUAUGAUUGGAAACUCCCAGAGGGUGAAAAUGUUGACCUUUCAGAGGAAUUUGGACUCGUCAUCAAGAAAAGCAAGAGCCUUUUCGCCAUCCCUACUCCCAGGUUACCAAAUUUCGAACUAUAUCAGUAAAAUCAAGAAACUGAAAGGAAGAUGAAAAUGUAGAUUUGAAUAAAGGGCCUUGACAUGAUUUUGCCUACUGGUUAUAAUAUCAAAGUGUACUAUUGUAUGAUAAGAGGCCAGCUAAUGAACACUGUAUUAUUUUAAAUGAAAUAUGUACUUUUAGUGCAAUGAUCCUAUCAAAGAGGAUAACUCCAUAGCAGUAUUUCAGUCGUUCUGAAAUUAGUUAUGCUACAAGGUUGUUUUGUCUUA